GCGUGGCGUCGGGUGGUGGGCUCUGCCGCCGGGACCAUGCUGCUGCGAGCCGCUUGGAGGCACGCCGCCUUGGCGACGGCGGCCCCGGGGUCGAGGCCCGUGGCGCCCACUCGGGGGCUGCGCCUGCGCGUUGUGGACCAUGCUCCCCAGUCGACUGUUCCCUCAGAUACAGCCUCGGAUGCCGAGUCAGUGCUGCGACCUCUCUAUAUGGAUGUACAAGCUACAACUCCUCUGGACCCCCGGGUGCUUGAUGCCAUGCUUCCUUACCUAGUCAACUACUAUGGGAACCCACAUUCCAGGACCCACGCUUAUGGUUGGGAGAGUGAGGCAGCCAUGGAACAUGCUCGCAAGCAAGUAGCGUCAUUGAUUGGAGCUGAUCCUCGUGAGAUUAUUUUCACUAGUGGUGCUACUGAGUCUAACAACAUAGCAGUUAAGGGGGUGGCCAGGUUUUACAGAUCACGGAAAAAGCACCUAAUUACCACCCAGACAGAACACAAGUGUGUCUUGGACUCCUGCCGUUCAUUGGAAGCGGAAGGCUUUCGGGUCACAUAUCUCCCAGUGCAGAAGAGUGGGAUCAUUGACCUGAAGGAACUGGAGGCUGCCAUCCAGCCAGAUACCAGCCUGGUUUCAGUCAUGACUGUGAACAAUGAGAUUGGCGUGAAACAGCCUAUUGAGGAGAUAGGGCGGAUUUGCAGUUCCAGAAAGGUGUAUUUCCAUACCGAUGCAGCUCAGGCUGUUGGAAAAAUCCCACUUGAUGUCAACGACAUGAAAAUUGAUCUCAUGAGCAUCAGUGGUCACAAACUCUAUGGUCCCAAAGGUGUUGGUGCCAUCUACAUCCGCCGCCGGCCCCGCGUGCGUGUGGAAGCCCUGCAGAGUGGAGGGGGGCAGGAGCGGGGUAUGCGGUCUGGGACAGUGCCCACACCCUUAGUGGUGGGGCUGGGGGCUGCGUGUGAGGUGGCACAGCAAGAGAUGGAGUAUGACCACAAACGGAUCUCAAAGUUAGCAGAACGACUGGUACAGAAGAUCAUGAAGAGCCUUCCAGAUGUGGUGAUGAAUGGGGACCCUGAGCACCAUUAUCCCGGCUGCAUUAACCUUUCGUUCGCAUAUGUGGAAGGGGAGAGUCUGCUAAUGGCACUCAAAGAUGUCGCCUUAUCCUCAGGGAGUGCCUGCACCUCUGCAUCCCUAGAGCCCUCUUAUGUCCUUAGAGCAAUUGGCACUGAUGAGGAUUUAGCGCACUCUUCUAUCAGGUUUGGCAUUGGCCGCUUCACUACAGAGGAGGAAGUGGAUUACACAGCAGAGAAGUGUAUUCAGCAUGUGAAGCGUCUUCGAGAAAUGAGCCCCCUCUGGGAGAUGGUACAGGAUGGCAUUGACCUCAAGAGCAUCAAGUGGACCCAACACUAGAAGAGAGAGCCCUUUUGUGCUGGCCUGGCCCCUUUUGUCUCACUGAUCCAUGCACAGCCUGACACCUUGUUACACCUUCUGGAUGCUCCAUAGUCAAACCUGAAUUGGUAUCACCCAGUUGACUUGAGCAUGGGCCCACCUCCCAAAAAAAUAUAGCUUCAGAUCUUUCAGUUGGAAGACUCACCAUUUCCUUCCAGGAGUUCCCUGGUCUUAAAAUGUGUGGACAUUCUCAUCCUAAGCCGUAGACAUUUGCUAGAAUACUGCUGCUGGACAAGUCUCUGUCCUUGGUGGGGAGAGCAAGAAGAAUUUAAAGAAGGCUUUCUGUGCAGAGGCCAUGGUGCUCUUCAUGCACAUUUGAAUCAUUGCUUUCUGCUGAUCUGCUGGACUGAAUCCUCAGCAACGAGAAUAAUCAGCUUUAAGUUUUUUGUGGCUACAAAGGACAAUUCUUCAUAUUGACUAUAGACCAAAUGGCAAAUUUCUUAGAAGGCUUAUCUCCUUUCUGUUCUUAUCUUUUUUUCUUUCACUGGAACUAGUGGAGAUUUCUUUUGAUUUUACCCAUUAUUUUCAUUUAUGCUUCUUUCAUUAAAGUUUGUUCAUUUGAAGAUUAGAGAAA